AUGAAGAACGAUUCAGUUGAAAUCACUACCAUCUGCCCAGAUGUCGAGAAUUCACAGUUCGUUGUGCAAAGCAACUAUCCAGAGACUAUUCCGGAGAUUCUAAAAUCUCAAAAUGCCGUUACGAACGGCAGCGGCACCGCCUGUCAACAGCGUAGUCUGCCAAGAAUUAAGAUCUUAGGAACUGGUGGUACGAUUGCAUCCAAGGCUGUAAAUUCAUCCCAAACCGCCGGUUAUCAUGUAGACUUGACCAUUCAAGAUCUAUUGGAUGCUAUUCCGGAUAUAUCCAAGGUUUGUGACAUCGAAUAUGAACAAUUGUGCAAUGUUGACUCCAAAGACAUAAAUCAAGAUAUUCUUUACAAGAUCUAUAGGGGUGUUUCGGAAUCAUUACAAACUUUUGACGGCAUCGUCAUUACCCAUGGGACAGAUACGCUGUCUGAAACGGCAUUCUUUAUUGAAAGCACUAUUGACGCUGGCGACGUUCCUAUUGUGUUUGUUGGCUCGAUGCGUCCAUCGACCAGUGUUUCUGCUGACGGGCCCAUGAACCUUUACCAAGCGAUUUGCAUUGCUUCAAACCCAAAAUCAAGAGGAAGAAGCGUUCUUGUCUCGCUAAAUGAUCAAAUCUCCUCCGGAUACUACAUCACUAAGACGAAUGCAAACAGUUUGGAUUCAUUCAAUGUAAGACAGGGCUACCUGGGAAAUUUCGUUAACAAUGAAAUACACUAUUAUUAUCCUCCUGUGAAACCUCAAGGUUGCCAUAAAUUCAAACUGAGAGUAGAUGGAGAGAACUUCAAAUUACCAGAAGUUUGUAUUUUGUAUGCUCAUCAAGCUUUCCCUCCAGCUAUAGUCAACUUAGUAGCAGAUAAAUACGACGGUAUCGUUCUUGCCACCAUGGGUGCAGGCUCGUUGCCCGAUGAGGUUAAUGAAACUUGCAUGAAAUUGGCCCUGCCAAUCGUAUAUUCCAAGAGGUCUAUGGAUGGGAUGGUGCCUAUUGCUAAUGUGCCAAAGAGUGGUCCAAACGAUGGAUACCUCAUUGCUUCUGGUUAUCUAAGCCCAGAAAAGAGUAGAAUCUUGUUGCAAUUAUGUUUGGCAGGUAAUUACACCCUAGAAGAAAUUAAGCAUGUUUUUACGGGCGUCUAUGGUGGAUGA